CGCACAUUCGACUGCCCCGCGUCUCUGCGGCGCACAGCUCAGCACCGACGCGUAAAGGAGGCUGUUCCUUUGGCUGCUCGGUGUGUUAGCCAGGCAGCCAGGCAGGGGCUGCUGGUUCAGAGCCAGAUCCCCCUGCUUCGCUCACACCUCAAUGCGCACCCCGCUAUAGGAGGGAUGCUGUCACCGGCGCACGACACGAACACCACCUCCAUCGUCAGAGGACUCGUCUGAUUCUGAAGCACUUGUGGUCAAGACUUCACUGGAGGAGGAGAUAAGGAGAAGGAAACAACUCUGUUUCGUGGGAAACCCACUGAUUUCUACUGGAGAUAAAGUGGAGUGGGAUUUUUUUUCUUCCAAACUAUCGGAUUUGGAUGUUUUCUAUUUAUUGGCGCUGCUAACCCCUGAAGAGGAGAGCGAUUCGAUCAUCCAAAGACCAGAUUGAGCUGGACCGCCGCUGAUCUUAUCCGCGUUUCAUCUGCCAUCCGUCCAGACUCUCGCUGGUGUUGGUGGGAGGUGCGGAUGAUCCACAGAACAGGGGAGGAGAAUUGACUUAUUUUGGCUUUCUUCAAUUGACGCUGUUUAUUUAUUUUCUGGGGACAUUAAUACACAUAAAGCUGUGCGUAAAGUAAAGGUGGAAAAUCAAGCAGACGAAGCUGAACAGAGUCACCAUCAGCAGCACCAUCAGAGCCAUCCUGUGUGUCCAUGUGUGCACACUCUUGUGAUAUCCUGCACAAUAUGUGCAUGUGAGAUGAGAAGAAGCUAAGUGGCUACAACAAUUUCUUGGAUCAUCAGCCUUUUGUGCUGCAGGAUGAAGAAGAGUCUCGCUCUGCUGUAAAUCAAAGGUGGCUGUGACAGGGGCACACCCGGGGCAGGACCCAUGAGGAGUCAUAGAAGAUGCUCACAGCCUGGGCGCUUCUGCUCUUCUUAGCCAUGUUGGUGAGAAGCACGUCUGGUGGCCCACUGUCCUUCAGAAUAGCUGCCAUCCUUGAUGAUCCUAUGGAGUGCAGCAGAGGCGAACGCUUGGCCAUCACUCUGGCCAAAGAAAACAUCAACAAGAGCAGUAACCGCUCUACCACUGGCAAGCUGGAGGUGGACAUCUUUGAACUGCUGAGAGACAGUGAAUAUGAGAUGGGUGAAACAAUGUGCCAGAUCAUGUCUAAAGGGGUGGUGGCAGUUCUUGGUCCGUCUGCCAGUCCAGCGUCCAACUCCAUCAUCAGCAAUAUAUGUGGAGAAAAGGAGGUCCCCUAUGUCAAAGUGGCCCCAGAGGAUAUUCUAAAGGUGCAGUUCCCCCGCUUCACCACUCUGGAUUUGAGACCGACGAACACUGACAUCAGCUUAGCCGUGGCCGGCCUUCUCACCUUCUUUAACAGCACCACCGCCUGCCUCAUCUGUGCCCAGGCAGAAUGCUUGUUGAACCUGGAGCAGCUCCUCAGGCAGUUCCUCAUUUCCAAGGAGACUCUGUCUGUGCGCAUGCUUGACGACAGCCAGGACCCAACGCCUCUGCUGAAAGAGAUUCGAGAUGACAAGACUGCCACAAUCAUAGUGGAUGCCAACGCCACCAUGUCUCAUAUCAUUUUAGAGCGGGCAUCAGAACUGGGAAUGCUGUCAGUCUACUACACUUACAUCUUCACCUCUCUGGAAUUCACUUUACUCCGACUGGACGAUGUGGCAGACCAACGAGUCAACAUUGUUGGCUUCUCCGUCUUCAACAAAACUCAUCCCUUUUUCCAGGAUUUUGUGCAAAGCCUCAAUCGCUCCUGGCAAGAGAACUGUGAUCAUGCACCCUUUGCUGGCACUCCGCUCUCAUCAGCGCUGCUCUUUGAUGCGGUGUAUGCAGUGGUGGCAGCGGUCCAAGAGUUGAACCGGAGCCAGAACGUUGGCGCCACUCAGCUCUCCUGCAAGUCCUCCAAGAUCUGGGAGCAUGGAACCAGCCUCAUGAAUUACCUGAGGAUGGUAGAGCUGGAAGGUCUGACAGGCCACAUUGAGUUCAACAGCAAAGGACAACGAUCUAACUACGCUUUGAGGAUUAUGCAGAACAGCAAGGAGGGCCUGAGGCAGAUUGGGUUGUGGCACUCUGAAGACGGACUGUCCAUGGAGAGAAUGCCUCUGUCUAUCAAUGUAACAGACACCCUCUUCAAUACUACUCUGACAGUCACAACAAUUUUGGAGAGUCCAUACGUCAUGUUGAAGCCAAACUACCAAGAAUUUGAGGGAAACGAUCGCUAUGAAGGCUUUUGCGUGGACAUGCUGGAGGAGCUUGCAGAACUUCUCAAGUUCAAGUAUCGCAUCCGGCUGGUUGGGGAUGGAUUGUACGGCGUUCCCGGAGCCAACGGAACAUGGACCGGCAUGGUCGGAGAGCUCAUUUCCCGGAAAGCUGACCUGGCAGUGGCAGGCCUGACCAUUACGGCCGAGCGUGAAAAGGUGAUCGACUUCUCCAAGCCUUUCAUGACGCUUGGUAUCAGCAUCAUGUAUCGCGUCCACCUGGGACGAAGGCCAGGUUACUUCUCCUUCCUCGAUCCCUUCUCCCCUGGCGUCUGGCUCUUCAUGCUUCUAGCCUACUUGGCUGUCAGCUGCGUCCUUUUUCUCGUUGCCAGACUGACACCGUAUGAGUGGUACAAUCCUCACCCGUGUCUGAAGGGCCAAUGCAACCUGCUGAUCAACCAGUACUCACUCGGCAACAGUUUCUGGUUCCCCGUUGGGGGAUUCAUGCAGCAAGGGUCCACCAUAGCUCCCAGAGCUCUCUCCACACGUUGUGUGAGCGGCGUAUGGUGGGCCUUCACGCUGAUCAUCAUCUCUUCAUACACCGCCAACCUGGCUGCCUUCCUAACGGUCCAGAGGAUGGAGGUGCCGAUAGAGUCGGUGGAUGAUCUGGCAGACCAGACAUCAAUAGAGUAUGGCACAAUGCACGGAGGAUCCACAAUGACUUUUUUUCAGAACUCCCGCUAUCAAACCUAUCAACGGAUGUGGAACUUCAUGCACUCAAAGCAGCCCAGUGUAUUUGUGAAGAGCACAGAGGAGGGGAUUGCUCGGGUCUUAAACUCCAACUACGCCUAUCUGUUGGAGAGCACCAUGAAUGAGUACUACCACCAGAGAAACUGCAACCUGACCCAGAUCGGAGGACUGCUGGACACCAAAGGCUAUGGCGUCGGCAUGCCACUGGGGUCUGUGUACCGUGAUGAGUUUGACCUCGCCAUCCUCAAACUGCAGGAAGAGAAUCGUUUGGAGAUCCUCAAGAGGAAAUGGUGGGAUGGUGGCAAGUGUCCAAAAGAGGAGGAUCAUCGAGCUAAAGGUCUGGGUAUGGAGAAUAUAGGCGGUAUCUUUGUGGUGCUGGUGUGUGGCCUGCUUGUAGCAAUCCUCAUGGCUGUGCUGGAGUUUGUCUGGAUGUUAAAGCAAACACCAGGAAAUGAGCAGUCAGUGUGUGACGAAAUGCUACGGGAGCUCCAGGGCAUCAUUCUGUGCCGCAACAGCCUCCAGGUGAGGCGCCGGCGGACGCCGUCGAUGCUGCGGCCAAAGCCUUUGCCCCUGGAAGAACGCCGCGCGCGGGCUGCGGCCGUCAGCCUCAGCAACGGGAAAAUCUGCGGUGGUACCGGACUGCCCGAGCACCUCUCUCACAGAUUCACACAGGAGGCCGCCCUGGUUGCUAGGGGUUGCACCCAUAUUCGGAUUUGUCCCGAGUGCCGUCGCUUCCAGGGACUGAGAAUGCGUCCUGCAGCCGGGGCUACGGGGAUCCUGCCGUCUCCCACGCACAGUGAGGAAAGCAUAGACUGGGACAAGGCCACAAAUAGCAGUGAACCUGAAUAACACACGGGAAAUGAUGCCAGACUGACCCUUCCAGCUGACACCCCUGUUGAUUGCAGGGAUCAAAGACAUUGUGGUAUUUUGAUUCAGCCAUUUGGAGCUUAUUGUUGAAGGGCAGGACAAUGCUCUGGGCUUUGCUUUGCCCUUGAGACAACAGUCCAGAGCCAGUUUUUGGAAUCUCCUUGGGUGAAUUUUUUUCCCUCACAGCAGAUGAGAAAUGGAUGAGUCUGUCUCAUGUAGUCCCUGUUGGCUCUUUGCACAGGAUGGACAAAGACAGCAACGGGGCAUUUGUACUAUGCAGUAUUUUCCGUCAGUUAUCAUCGUGCUGUUGCUUUUUUAUUUGGUAUUAAUAUUAUGACUUUCUGUUGGAAUAUUAGUAUUGUAUUGUAUGUUUUCUUUUCUUUUUUUAAUCUGUCAUUCUGCUGUACGAACAUGUAUUGCCUCGAAACAGCUGGAGGAAGAUGGACAAGCUACGACAAGGUCAUUCCUCAAAACCUUUUAUUUUGAAAGUGCCAAAAACCAUAAGUUUGACCUUGUGGCUGAGCCUUGAGAAGACAACAAAGUUAGAAAACAUACAGACUUCUUUUUGUAGUAAUGAUAUUCAAUUAAAACAUUUUUAACUGUUGAUAUCUCUGAAAGACAGCAUCGCAUGUCAGGAGGGGUUGGCAUUGAGUGAUGAUUUGCUGAAAGAAAGUGAUGGAAAAAAAUACCUGCAUACAGACCUCCAUUCAUUUUUUUCUUUUUUGUGUGUCGUUUGAUUACUUUUUCAUUAUUUAUUCUUUUUUACGCCACUCAAUGUACCAAAAACCCCUUUACUGGAACCCUCACUGUUCAAAAUGUACACCGGUGAAUACUUUUCAUGGCGCAUAUAAGCAGGGUGAUUUGGUUUUAUCAGUGGAUGAAUCAAACCCAGCAUUUAUGACAUUUAACCAAAAGCAUAAAGUUUCUAGUAAAGCAAAGAGGUUUUUUAUGUCUGCAGUUGACUGGGGUUCUUCUAAAUGUCAAGGCAGUUUUGCUUUUAUUGAUUGGGAAGUUUUACACACACCAUUUAAAGCAGCUUUUCAAUUGUGGUCUCCUUCUGUCAGGCUAUAACAUUUUCUUACUUUUAUUUAAAGGGAUAGAUAGGAAUGGAAAAACACUAAGAAAGCCCACUAAGUCCUGACAAAAAUUUGAUUUUUGGGGAAGAAUAAAUAUGUUUUUUUAAACCCUUCUGAUGAAAUCCACAUGUAAAAAUUCAAUAUCAUUUGAUUAGUUAGUCUCAGUUAUGAUGAUUUGGUAAGUUUUUGCCAACAUUGUUAGUUAAAAAAUAAAAAUAUUGACACAUAUUGAUAAAGGCACUUUUACUAUUUACCCACUGUCUCUAAUUUGAUUCACACAUUUUUAACAUGGAAUAACUAUUAUAAAGAAAGUAUUAUAAACAAAUCUUACAUUAUUUUAAUACAGCAAUUCAUUAUUUUUAUAAAAUGAAUAACAACAAAUGAGUUCUUCUAACCUUAAAGGUUUUAAAAUCAGCAAAAUGUUCCCCAUCAAGUGUUUUUGAGAUUUAGGGAAAGCAGCUAUUUUGAAAUCAGACUGGAAAAGCACUUCUACUGCCCCAAUGGAAUGAUAAUAAACUACAUGGCAGAAAACAUCCAAAGUUUUUUUUAAAAGCUUGGAUCAUGCUAAUGAAAUAGGGGUCUUAGAAAUCUAAUAUUAAACAAGUUGUUAUAAGGGUAAAAAAAUACUAAAAGAAAAGCUAAAAAAAAUGAAUCAUUUCUUUGUUUUUCCCUCUUGAAAUUGGACAAAUCAAAUUAUAUUGAAUUAUUUAAUCAGAUGAAUAAAGCCCUUUGUUCAAAAUACAUUGAUACCUCUAUUUAAAAAUAUAAUUAACCCAUUUUGGUUGUGUUUCCAGUAGAAAUUGUUGCCUCAGGAAAAAAAACCGCCAAAAACAAAGAUUGCUCAUCUUUUCUGAAGGGGCUGCGUGAAACCUGCUCAGAUUUAGGUCACAGCAACAAGAAUCAGAGGUUAUCCACCUGUCGGCUGUCAGUAAUCAUAGCAAAGCCACCUAAGCAGAUUGGAAAUCAAACCACAACAGCUCUUCAAAGGUCUGUUUUUUUGUCGUGAUUAUUUUUCUCCCACGAGUUGUCUUCUCCAAAUGUUUUUUUUCCACACAUUGAGCUUGCUUGAGCUUGUUUAUUGUUCCAUUCUUCAUAGAACCUCUUUAUUGUUUUCAUCCCCCAAGCAAAACUUUGCAAUGCUUUCAGAGAGGAAACCCAGAGAUUCACAAUAUUUUAGCACAUGUUCAGUUUCAAAAGAAUGACACAUUCUAGGUAAAUACUUUUAUUUUAAUAAUAAAUGAUUCAAAUGCCAAAUCAAGUGUAAAAAAAAUGCAAUAUCCACAUGUGAUCAUUGUAUUCUAAAUAGUUGCCAUCCGUAUUUUGAAUGUAACUUAAAAAAAAAUACUAUUCGUAAGAGUUUGAAGGGUCUCACUGGUCCUGAUGGGAACAUCUUAAGCUCUGAAAACACUUACAAGGCUGCUAAAUCAAGCGUGCUUCGACUGAGAUUGCCAAUUACCUUGACAGCACGGAGAGCAGAGAAGUAAAGAUUAAAACAAAUUCCACUGAGGCUCCGGGCGACUUUCUCUACCAAACAGUCCAACAAUAUCUGGCUGCUUUUUUCUAUAUGCUUUAUAUUUGUUGCUUACGUUUUCUUCCAUAAUAAUCUGUUUUUAAUUGAACUUCCCCCCUUUAUGUUUGCCUCUUCUCUUCUCUCCUUUAUGUAAACUUCCCAUCGGUCAUGCUGAAUCACCUCUUGUAGUUUAAGGGAACAUUUUUAUUUAUUUAUUUUUAAAUCCUAAAAUGUAUUUAUUCAAUCAGGAGAAAUGAUCACGAUUGACUGUCUUUGUUGAGACACGAAAGGGCAGCCAUGUAAGGGUUGCCGAGUAAACAUAGGAGGAACUGAGUGAAAUCCAGGAAUUUAAAGCAUCAACAUCCUGAUUUUAUUCCAUUUCCGAUCUGAAUGCUCAUGAAUCUUUCAAAAGCUUAGAAUUUGUGUUUGCAGGAAGUUUUGGCAAAGAAUGACGAGUUUUAAAGACCCAUAUUUAUGCACAAGUCUAAAUUCCGUUGCAGUUUGUUGUUCAUUGUGAUUUGUGGUGGAGUUUCCAGCCUCCUCAGGAUGCUGAUGGAUCACCUGCUUCUGAUUUACCGGUCAGUUAGACUGCACUUGGCCUCGUCUAGUGCUGGCUUUACCUUAACAUGGCAUUUCCUCAACAAGCACAUGCUUGAGUAUGAAAGUGACACACAGGCACUCGCCUCUACUUGUAUGUCAGUGUGUAAAGUUUGUCAUUCUGGUCAUCAUCUGGUGCUCCUCCAUAAAUUAAGAGCUUUUGCUGCUGUCCAAUGUCUUGCUGCUGUUGGAUUUAUGAAGCCAAUAAUAGGUACUAAGCACCUGGAGAGCUGCUUCAAGCUUACCAUGUGAAGAGUAACAGUUCUUCCUAAUAAUGGCUGACAGUACAUGCUCAUGUUUUCUGCUAAACCACAAAACCUUUCCUUUAGUUCCUACCUCUGUGCAUGUACCCCUGCUUUUAUUCUGAUAUGUUCUUUUAUGGCAGUAGCUGAACUUAUUCAACUCAUUUCCCCUGUCCUCUCCAUGUCAUUGUGAGAUCAUUGCUUUGUCCUUGCUCAAAGCAAAACUCGCAAGGACAAGAUCUUUCCCUCUACGGAUCCUUAGCACUAAUGAGCACCGGAUUAGAUGAUCGUCAACACAAACUAAAUUCAAUUCUGAUGAAUACAUCGGUAAGGAUCUUUAUUUUUGUAUUUGCAAACUUAUUUGUUCUUUAUGUGUUCUCAUAUGAGGGGGUUUUCAGGGUGUAUGUGAUGUCUACAAAAUAGGAUGCUGUCAAGGCCGUUGCAACCUUCUGCUCACUGACGGAUGCUGAAGAAUUUGACCAAAACGUCUUGACAUCGCCUGUCUUUCAGAGAAAUAAAAAUGGAACUUCAUUUA